AAACGACCAGAACCAGAACCGUCCCAACAUCAUUUUCCUCUGAAUAAAAAUAUUUAGAAUCUCAACAUGAAAUGGACCUGGAAGUGGAACCGCUCAGCCGGACCAGAACCAGCAGAACUCUCGAAGCUGUUCCUCGAAGAUUCUGCUGGAUCAGAACCAAAACCCUGCAGCUCCACAACCCGUCCUGCCUCGGUUCAGCACAGCGGUUCUGGAGGUCCUGGCCCAGGUGGUUCUGAUCCAGUCUGACUACAAGCAUCAGCGCCUCAAAACAGAACCGGUCCAUAACAGACCGCUGGAUGCUGUAUCUCCUAGCAACCGGAUGCUGCCAGAGCGUUGCCAUGGAGACCAGGGCUCCAGAACCAGCCAGGACCCGGUCCGGUCAUCAGCAGCUCAUCACUCAGCCUCUGGACCCUCCGAACCGCCCGCCAGGGAUUAUGGGUCACCGGAACCGGGUCGCCCUUGCUGAGUGCUGACCGGAACCGGCUAUAUUUGUCUCGCGCUCGGAGGAAAACAGGAAGUGAUUUAUAUUUCUUUCAUUUUUUUAUUUGUGGUUUUCCUGAAAACCUGAAACUACACGAACAAAGAUCAAAAAGCUGCUCAGUAAAAGAAUCCGGCUGGUUCCGGACGGACCUGCUGAACGCUCUCUGGCCCAAACAGAACCAGAACCUAGAAUUGGGUUUUUCCUGUAUGAAGUUCGGCGAGCCGCGCGACCAGGCGCCCACGUCACGCUCCGUCCAGCUGUUGCACCUGCGCGAAUCGUUACCUUUAAGAUGCUCGAGGGAUAAAGCCUCGAACCGGACUCCAUUGCAGCCCGGAGUUCGGCCAGCCCGUCCGGACCGGCCGGCCCGUCUCUGUUCCUGACCGACCGCUGCGGAGAGGUUCUGUUCGGCGCUGAGGACGGAUUAGCGUCUGGGGCUUUCUGUCGGAGGAAACCCACGGCACGAGACGGGGUCCGCGCGGAGGGAGCACGAGCCCAACCCUUUCCCUUUAAAGCGCCGACAGAGGGGGGAGAAGAGGAGAUCAAAGAGGAGGGAGGAGGGAGCGAGAAAAAAACAGAAACACCUCCUCCAGACGCCGAGGCGGAGCCACGGACCGAGCCGGGCCGGGGCGCCGCUGAGCGGGGGAGGGGCUGCAGGAAACACCGAGGCUUGGCUCCUGCGGCGGAGGCCUUCCUGGAGAUUCGAAUAAAACUAACCCGAAAAGGUCUGCAGAACAGAACCGAGCCGGUCCAACUGCCCGGUGUCUCCAGGCUGCAGCUGUUUGUAUUAAAAUGCACCAACUAUCACUGGGCAUUAGCGGACCGCAGAACCGAGCCCUGCUGGACUCUCUGAGCUGUCAGUGAGCAGGAGCCACCAGGCCCCAUAAUCGGUACCAGAACAUUUCUCCCUGGGUUCCGGGCCCUCCUCCUCCUCCCUCCCCUCUCUGCGGGCCCUCAGCAUGGACACUUCCUGGAGCAACUUCCUCUUCCAGACGACGCCGACCCAGACCCAACCCGAGGCGCCGCUUCAGGCCGAGCUGCUGCCGGACCUGACCGGGUCGGCCCAGAGUCCCCCGGCAGAACACAUCGUGACGCCCCCGUCCACUGUUGACACGGCCGCCCUGAGCGAGGAGCCCCUGCCAGUCAAGCCGCUGCCCAAGCCACCCCGGCCGGCCCACAUCUGCUCCACCUGCAACAAGGAGUUCAAGAACAGCUACAACCUGCGGCGCCAUCAGUCCGUCCACACGGGCAUCAAGAUGAAGGACCGCGCGGCGCGGGAUAAGGAGGACGGCGCCAAGGCGGGCCGGCUGGAGAAGACCACCAUCCCUCUGUCCCUGCUCCAGCUCACACUGCCACCCCAGCCGCUGCCCCCGGUCGGCGCCCCGGACGCCCAGCCGCUCUCCGUCGCCCCGGCAACCGUCACCGUGGCCUCUCCCCCUCAGCCCAUCCAGGCGGCCAUCGUUGUGGUGGGCUCCAUGGAGCAGGAUCCCAGUCCCAGCCCGGUUCCGAACCCCAACCAGGUGAGGAAGAACCAUGCCUGUGAGGCUUGCGGGAAGGCCUUCCGGGACGUGUACCACCUGAACCGGCACCGGCUGUCCCACUCGGACGAGAAGCCAUACUCCUGUCCCGUCUGCCAGCAGCGCUUCAAGAGGAAGGACCGCAUGAGCUACCACGUCCGCUCGCACCAGGGCGGUGUGGAGAAGCCCUACAUCUGUCCGCACUGCUCCAAGGCCUUCUCCAGACCGGAUCACCUCAACAGCCACGUGCGACAGGUCCACUCCACCGAGAGGCCCUUCAAAUGCACGACGUGUACGUCGGCGUUCGCCACGCGGGACCGCCUCCGUGCCCACCUGAUCCGCCAUGAGGAGAAGGUGCCGUGCCACAUCUGCGGGAAGCUGCUGUCGGCGGCGUACAUCACUGACCACAUGAGGGUCCACAACCAGUCGCAGCACCACUCCUGCCACCUCUGCAACCGCAGUUUCACCACCCUCACCUACCUGCGGGUUCACGCUCAGAAGCACCACGGCCAGGAGUGGAAGGAGAGUGGCGGGGCGCGGGGGGCCUUCGGCGGGGCCGGCGCCGGCGGCGUGCUGCUCUGCCAGCUCUGCGGGGUCCAGUGUAAGACGGCCACGCAGCUCCAGGGUCACAUGGGCACCCACGCCCAGCAGGGCGACCCGGCCCCCGACCAGACCAGCGCCGAGCCCGUCGGCACCAAUGGCGCCGCCGUCACCGUGGCCGGCCCGCUGCCAGUGGGGCUGCUGGUCACCGACUGCUCCGGCAUCGGCCCCCAGCCCCACAGUUAGCACGGCGGGGGCCGGGGCCAGCAGUGCUGCCAGAACCACCAUCAGGAUCCAACAUGGCUCCGUGUUCCUGAUAGCUUCCCGUUUUUCCGGGCCUGGACCAGUAGAACCUUUCUGCUUCUG